GGUGCCAGAAACAGGGGGGUGCCAGGAAGUGGGUAUGUUGACUUACAGUCCAUCGAGGCUCGCGAUGCCCUCAUCACCAAGGGUAAAGUAGGAAUCAUCAUGAUUAAGAUUGCUGAAGCCAUAUUAACACGCUUCUCAGUCUGGCCUGCCUCUCACCAGAGCGACCACUUCAGGGCCGGAAACGGUUGGGCCAACAGAGUCAGGACUCGCAUCAUCGUCAGCGGAGUUCAUCUCGUGGUCACUGCCUGGUUCAACGACAUCCACACCAUGUUUGUGCAAUUUGAGCCGGAUUUCCCCAGUGGUGCGUUCACACACUUAAUGAAGUCUGAAUUUGAAGAGCCGGAACUGACAAGUAGCAAAGCUCCCAACUUCUUGAUGGCUGGUCUUGAGGAUCUCGCUACCGGCUUUCUCCGACAGCCUUGGAGAAUCGCCUGGGAUAGCAUCUACAGCCUCACUACUAGGGGCGGUGAGACCUUGCAGUUCGACAACCAGUUUGUCAUGUGGUGGAAGUGA